AUGGAGGAGGAAUUCAACUGCGAGGCCUGUGAGCAGCCCGACAGUGCUGACGUCGGAAUGGUAUCGUGUGAUUCUUGUAGCAAGUGGUACCAUUACGUUUGCGCGGACGAAUCCCCUGGUGUGAAGAACAGACAGUGGAAAUGUGCCAAGUGUGUAUCUGCAACUUUGCCUAAUACAGGCACUAAAAAGAAAACCAAGAAGGCUUCAUUGAAAGUUGACGGCGAUGUGACAAACCGAAAGACUCCUAGCGGCUCUCGGUUGUUGGAUUCGAGCGAGAAGGCGGGAAGUACCCAUCUGUUAGAUAUACCAAAUCCCAGCGACCCGAUCCCAGCUAAAGGGAAAGAUGCUACGAAAACAACAAGUGCCGAGAAGAGAUCGAUUAAAUCUCAUGCUUCCAGUGCGCGUGUCCGAGCGCAGCAGGCGCUGCAGCGACUUGAGGACGAACGUCGGCUCGAAGAACAAAGCUAG